UGUCAACAAGCAAACGCUUUAUUUCCCCUCUACUACUUGCUCUCUCUUCAAUUCUUUCUUGAUAUAUUCACGAUGAUGGAGACUUUGUCCAGUGGAAGCAGCAGCAGUGACACGAAUACACUUAAAAAGAAACCCGGCCGCAAACCCAAUCCAGCAUCGCCCGCAUUACGAAAAGCGCAGAAUCGAGCAGCUCAACGUGCGUUUCGCGAACGGAAAGAGCGCCAUAUCCUGGAACUCGAGGAGACGAGCAAAGUCUUGCGUGAGCAGCGUGACAAGCUAUUGUCCGAGAACAAGGAGCUCCGCAGCAAUGUUGGCGUCCUCGGCUACGAAGGUUGGCAUCUCAAGGGCAUUGUAUUGAGCCUGCAGCUUGUUUGCAUGAUGCAGAACGUGAGUAUACCCAACCAUACCCCCUAUUUGGAGACCAAAUACUUGCGCGAUUCCUUGGUGAAUACGUCGACGCCCGAGAUCAUUUCGGCUUACUGCAAGGCCAAGGAGUUGCACGGUUUACCGUCAGUGGACAAGGACAAGCAACCCAGACCGCCACCGUCUAUGGCGUCACCACAACGGGGUCGCUACCUUUCGACAGGUGUGAUCAUAGUCGGCCGCGACAGUGUGCGAACGGUGAUCGGAAAUAGAAUCUCCACACGGAUUCGAGCUACGCCCCCACCCCAACCGCCGCGACAACAACAGCAACAACAGCUGCAAACUGCAGCAGCACGCCGACGAUCAUCUGCUGCCACAACAUCAUCUAUGGAAACGGUCGAGGAUGACGAUGAUCAAAGCGAUAACGAGGAUGGUCGCAAGUCACCAACAUUUAGCGCACGGCCAAUCAUGUUGACGCGCGAGCCGAUACCAUCUUUCAACUUGGCUAGUUUCCAGACAAUGCGGUUAAGGUUACAGCUUCAAGCAGUAUGCGACAAAAUGGGUGAUGGAGCAUUUGAGCUAGAGUCCACUGUACUGCAGCUUACAGUACCUCACGACCUGCGGAUUGAUUUGAUACCCAUCGCCUCGAUGCGCGACCGCAUGAUCUUAUUCCACAAUUUGUACGAUGUCGACGACUGCUUCCGGUGUCUUUUGGAUGGGAUGGUCUAUGAAGCAGGCGAUCCAUUAAAGGCGUCGAGCUGGAAGUUUCCUGUGGAGUUCUACGAGAAGUUUUGGUUUUUGACGCACGACUACAGUGCAGAAGAAAUCAAAACACGAUGGCCAGGAUUGAGCAAAGAGAAUACGGAUAAAUUACUGGAAGAAGUGGUGUCAUUUGCAGGCGAAUCAUCACCAUCACAUGUCGGAGCAAGCGUAUUUCCAAGCAACGAACUGGCGACUGGGCUAUUGCCUUCCACAAUGGCCAACUAUUUUGAAGAUCCGGAUAUUUUCAACAACUUUAACGCUGACCAGUCAAAUUAUCCGCCCUCGCUUUCAUCCGACGGCGUUGUUUCCUCCAAUGGUUCUGAGGACGAUCUGUAUCCCUUGGAAGUAUCUGGAUUAGGAGCGAGCAGUCAUGAUAAUAAUGACGAUACAGCAGAUCCCAACGACAAAUCUAUCACGAUACCAGCAGAAAACGAAGAUAUACCAUGGGAUGAAGUGGUAACGUUAAACAUGAAUGAUAUCGAAAUGACGGAUUGAAACAAUUAACUGAGUGAAGUCCCCAUUUUAUUUAUUGUAGAUUAGAAUUUAGAUAUACCCUUUCUUAUAUGAAAUGUACUAUAGUCCUCUUACCACAACCACAAUCACUACCAUCAAUAACAUUUUAAUAUCUG